AGCAAAAGAGCAGCAGCAAGGAACUCGCAGGACGCACGCACACGCACGCACACACACAAAUAGCCCGCUCACACCCCGCUCCCUCACGAACUGCUCACAACUGCAAUUCUUCUUCCGCACAAAACACUCUAUUUUCUGUCUGCCGCUUUUCUUACCCGCAACUUAAACUCUGAACGCUCUUCACAGAGGACCCUGCAAAAGCAUUCGUCCGCUUCGAAUUCAUCGCUGUCAUGUCCGGAACACGUUUCUUCCACCAAAUCCUGCGAAGCAGCCACAGCUCCUCUCUGCCAGGCCUGUCUGGAGUGUUCCAUGAGCGUGCUUUUACGCACCCUGCAGCCUUCCGCGCCGUUUCCGUCGUUUCCCAAGUCGCCCGUGUUCGCCUCUCUCUCUCUCGUCCCUUUUCCAGCACCGCUAUUAGCUGCAAGAAGCAGAACACCGGUGCUGGGACCGGUGCUAGCGCAAGGAAUGGCGCGAGAAACGGUGCUAAGGCCAGAGGUUAUGCGAAAACUAGUAAUGCCGACACCAAUCCGAAGACGAGUGGCAAGACAAACCAUGCAAAGGCAACCAACACAGACCCCGUCAGCAAGGACCCCGAGUUGGACCCCGACGACCUAGAUGCUGAGAUCGGCUAUGCUCCGGCCUGGAAGAGCGUGUUCUCAAUGCGCGCAGGCUUGAUCAUGCUGCUGGCGGGUGUUGGCUUGCUGUACUACUACAGGCGGGAAAAACGACGCCUGCAGCAGCUCCCAACCCCCCAACGGACUUCGACUGUGGUCACGAACACCCGUUCCUCGCUGCCUAUUGGCGGCCCGUUCUCUCUUAUUGAUCAGCAUGGCGCCCGAUUCUCGAGCGACGAUCUGAAAGGCCGCUACGCUCUCGUCUAUUUUGGCUUUACUCGCUGCCCCGAUGUGUGUCCCGACGAGCUAGACAAGAUGACGGACGCGGUGGAUAUGAUCAACAAGGUGUCGGGCGACGUGGUGACGCCCGUCUUCAUUACGUGUGAUCCUCUGCGCGAUCCCCCCUCCGAAGUCGCCGAGUACUUGCAGGACUUUCACCCGAAGAUGGUCGGGCUCACCGGCUCCUACGACGAGGUCAAGGCUGCCUGCAAGGCGUAUCGCGUUUACUUUUCCACGCCGCGCAACGUUGAUCCCGAGAAGGACGACUAUCUCGUCGAUCACUCGGUCUUCAUUUACUUGCUGGGGCCCGACGGCAAGUUUCUCGAUGUCUUUGGCCGCAAUUCUUCCGCCAAGGAGAUUGCCGAGAAGGUGUGUGCCAUGGCCAAGGCUGCCAACUUUGCGCCCAAGUAGUCGGCAUCAGUUGUCGUGCCGCCAAUAGCGCACAGCGCACUCAUUCUCUCCUUUUCCCGCAUGCUGUUACGAAUUUAUGAUUACGAUGAUGAUGAUGUUCCCGAACGGACCAGCCGAGACUGGGCUCCACAGCGUGGAUUUAUUUUUUAUUCCCUAUCUCGGUCGCAGGGCUGCAGAAAAUCGCUCUUGCCGAUCACGUGAACAAUAAGGUUCAGCGUGACCGGGUAAAAACGAAUAAGGUUUUCGCGAACAAUUUAAGCGAAACGUAAAUGUCCCUGCGCGCAACGAAGCAAACGAAAGAAAUGAACAGACACGCUUCUUUUUCAUGGGCUUACGGCUUAACGCUUUCUUUUUUUUUAUCUUUAUGCAAGGAGCUCCCC